GGGAAGGAUUGUUGUGAGUCAGUCAGCCCGUCGGCGAUUCAGAUUUUCUUGGGAAUACCUUCGUACAUUACCUUUGGAUAUUAAUGCAAAGCAUGAAAAAUGGCUGUAAAUUUAGAAAAACAUAAACAGGCCCUUGUUGCAGCGUGGAAAGAUGUUUUGGAUGAGAAAACGGAGACAAAUUGGGCGUUAUUUGGCUACGACGGCUUAUCAAAUGAUCUUAAAUAUAUCAGCAAAGGUGACGGAGGUCUUAUAGAGCUGAUCGAUGAAUUUAACAGUGGGAAGAUACAAUACGCUUUUUUAAAAGUUGACCUUCCAGACGGCAGCAUAUCUAAAUAUGUUCUUAUCAACUGGCAGGGUGAAGGCGCUCCAACGGUACGCAAAGGUACCUGCGCUAAUCAUAUAAAGCAAGUAGCUCAAUUCUUCACCGGUUUUCACCUAACGAUGCACGCAAGAACUGAAGACGAUUUAGAAGAGAGGUUGAUACUAGAGAAGCUAGCGAAGGCCGGCUCCGCAUUUAACUUCAAGUCGAGUCGACACGAAGAGUUGCCUCCCAGCGGACCUAUUGGAACUACUUAUCAGAAGGUCAAUCCAGUUCAAGAAAUAAAUUCUAAAGAAAGGGACCAAUUUUGGUUAAAAGAAGAACAAGAGGAGAAAAAGCGAGUUGAAGCUGAAAGGAAAAGGAGAGAAGAGGAAAAGAAAAAGGCUGAAGAAGAGGUUAAGAGAAGAGAUGCGUUAGAGGCAGCUAAGAGAGCUAACGCAGAACAGCAAAAGUCGGAAGCAAGUGUGGAGGGUGUGAGUUCUAGCGAGGCGCUUCGGCGACAAAGGUCUCAAGAGGCGAGGCAGCUCAUCGGAGCCAGCACCGCCGCCGCCAGGAGGCUGUUCCAGCAGAACUUAGCUCAGGGACAAAUCUCCUCCAGAUCCAACUCAGUACCAGAGAAGCCAGUGCGCAGUUCGGUAAUAGCGCAAAGGAUAAACACAUUCUCGCAAAACACGUCACAACCGGCUUCACCGAAUCAUCCCAAAUCCCCAAUAUCACCGACGACUACCAUACCCCCAUCAGAUCCAGCCCCAUCAUCGAACAACGUCUCAUCAUCGAACAAUGUCUCAUCACCAGAAGAAACAAACAAGACAUUGGCAGAAGAACCCAAGGACCAACUAAAAACGAGCCCGUUAAAGAAUAUAGACAAAAUAAAAAUGAGCCUCGAAAGUCCGUCUCAGAUACAAUAUGAGCCAAUAAUUGACCCAUCGGCCGACUUAAGUCCGAGCACUGAAAAUAACCCUAGCUCUUUUAGCGCCAUCAACUACUCUGAGUAUCAAGAAAACUUCAAAGAAACUGACCUUAAACAGAGUGAGCCGAUGAUCAAACAGAAUAUUCUAGAAAAUGAUAUGUUCGACGCGUCAUAUUCUAGUUCGAAUGAGAAUGAUGACGACGAUAGUGAUAAUAAGUUUAGUACGAUAAAACGGUCGCCGUACAGCAAGAAUACUGACACUAGAGAACUAAGUAGGCAAAACACCGUCAUAGAGAAUGUUAACUAUAAGAAGGAGAACGGUACUACGACGCUUGAAGACAUAUCUCCCGAAGGUAUGGAUGAAGAAAGUACCAUAUACGAGGAUCUUGACGAUGAUCCCGGACUCACUGCGCGUGCCUUGUACGACUACCAAGCAGCGGACGAGUCCGAGAUAACGUUCGACCCGGGCGACAUCAUCACGCACAUCGAGCAGAUCGACGCGGGCUGGUGGCAGGGGCUCGGGCCGCGCGGCCUGUUCGGCCUGUUCCCCGCCAACUACGUUCAACUGCUGCCGGCGCGCCCGCGCUAGUGCCGACACUACGAGUGCCGCUACUACUAGUGCCGCUACUGUCACUAGUGCUGCUGGUGCCGGCUAUUCUCGCUAGUGUCGCAAGUGAUGGUAGUGCCGCUGGUGGCUCUGGUGGCGCUAAUGGCGCAAGUGCCGCUGGUGCUGCUUGUGCCACUGGUGCUUGCUAUUGCCGCUGGUGCUGGCUAUUGCCACUGGUAGCGCUAAGGGUGCAAGUGUCGCUGGUGCUACUAGUGCCAGUUAGUGCGGCCGGUGCCCGCUAGCCUUAGUGGUGCCGUCGCUACCACGCGCAUUACUAGCUACGGCGAUUAUUGCAGUGUUUAAUGAGCGCCACCCAAAAAUCAUUUGCCCUUUAAGCACAACAUUGUGAACAAAUUGACAAGUACGAAAGCAUUGAUAUGUAAAGGAUUUUUUUGGAGAAUUUUCUAUAUAACGAUGGAACAAUAGACUAAAUUUAUUGAAAAAAAAAUUCUAGUCCCUACUCAAUUAAAUUGCCUAGUCCAAGUAAGCUUGUGGAAUCUUUUAAAUUAAGAUUUUAUUCAUUCUUGGCAUUUUAAUCUAGUAGUGAUUCAGUAACUAAGACGAUAGAUAGAGAUAGACACGCACUACACGGUAAUUUUCCGUGAUGCAAAUCAAUAUU